CUUCCCUUCAGUCUCUCUCCAACGUGUGCUGUGCCCUCAUGAUGCCACGGCGCUCGCUAAUCCGCUCUCCGCGGCGCACAUGCUCAGUACCGAUCACUGUGGCAAUCUGUAAUGGCUGCGGGAUGAUGUGAUACGAGUCCCGGUGCCGCGCCGCGUCUCUUCGGUAGGAAUGCCAUUUCCCUGAGACCGCCAACCACUCCAUUCAUUCCUCCGUCAACAUGGUUGACAUCCGACAGAAGAAUAAAGGUCGGACAUCGUAGUCGCGAGCACUUGCGAGAGUCGUAAUCGUUGCAGUGCUGGUGUGUGAUAGUGCCAGUGAAUUGCGUGUGGUUGGCGGUAGUCAGGAGUGAUGGCUGUGAAGGAGAGGGUGGAGGCGGUGCUGAAUGUGGGCCUGCGGGUCCCCAGUAUCAUGUUACUAGAGGUGCUGUACCGCUGGGAUGUCAGCUCCUUUUUCCAGAAGAUCCAGAGAAGCAGCCUCAACAACAACCCCCUCUUCCAGUACAAGUACCUGGCCCUCUACCUUCACUAUGUGGGCUACAUCCUGAGUCUGGUUCUGCUCACCCUGCCCCGACAGCACCUGGUGCAGCUCUACCUGUAUGUGCUCACUGCUCUGCUGCUGUUUGCUGGUCACCAGAUCUCAAGGGACUAUGUGCGCAGUGAACUGGAGUCAGGCUAUGAGGGCCCGCUGUACCUGGAGCCUCUGUCCAUCAACCGCUUCACUACUGCGCUCAUCUGCCAGCUGGUGGUAUGCACCUUGUGCUCCUGUGUGAUGCAGACCAAGCGCAUUUGGCUGUUCUCGGCGCACUUGCUCCCUCUGGUGGCCAGGCUGUGCCUGGUGCCUUUGGAGACCAUCGUUUUUGUCAAUCGUUUUGCCAUGAUUUUCACAGGCCUUGAAGUCAUCUACUUUUUGGCCUCCAACCUGCUGGUGCCAUUUAAUCUGGCCAAGACAGCGUACCGGGAGCUUGCACAGGUGGUGGAGGUUUAUGGGUUGCUGGCUCUCGGUAUGUCUCUGUGGAAUCAGUUGGUUCUGCCUGUGUUGUUCAUGUGUUUCUGGUUGGUUCUGUUUGCUCUUCAAAUCUACACAUACUUCAGCACACGAGACCAGCCCACAUCCAGAGAGAGGCUGCUCUUUCUUUUUCUCACCAGUAUUGCAGAGUGCUGUUGUACUCCAUACUCUCUGCUGGGCUUGGUCUUCACCGUUUCAUUCGUUGCUUUGGGAGUGCUCACUCUUUGCAAGUUCUACCUGCAGGGCUACAGGGCUUUCAUGAAUGACAACACCAUGCACAGGGGCAUGACGGAGGGAAUCACUCUUCUGAUCCUCGCUGUUCAGACUGGACUGAUCGAGCUGCAGGUCAUCCACAGAGCCUUCCUCCUCAGCAUCAUCCUCUUCAUUGUGGUGGCCUCCAUCCUGCAGUCUAUGCUGGAGAUAGCUGAUCCCAUAGUGCUGGCGCUGGGAGCCUCCAGAGACAAGAGUUUAUGGAAGCACUUUCGUGCGGUUAGCCUUUGCUUGUUUCUGCUGGUGUUCCCAGCCUACAUGUCCUACAUGAUAUGUCAGUUCUUCCACAUGGACUUCUGGCUGCUGAUCAUCAUCUCCUCCAGCAUCUUGACCUCGUUACAGGUGCUGGGCACGCUGCUGAUCUACGUGCUCUUCAUGGUGGAGGAGCUCCGCAAGGCUCCGGUGGAGAACAUGGAUGACGUCAUCUACUGGGUGAACGGCACCUACAGGCUGCUGGAGUUCCUGGUGGCGCUGUGCGUGGUGGCGUACGGUGUGUCAGAGACGGUGUUUGGGGAGUGGACCGUGAUGGGCUCCACCAUCGUUCUCAUCCAUUCUUACUAUAACGUGUGGCUGAGGGCCCAGCUGGGCUGGCAGAGUUUCCUGCUCCGCAGAGAUGCUGUCAACAAGAUCAAGAGCCUGCCUACAGCUUCUCACCAACAACUCCAGCAGCACAAUGACAUCUGUUCCAUCUGCUACCAGGACAUGACGUCAGCUGUGAUCACCCCCUGCAGCCAUCUUUUCCAUGCUGGCUGCUUGAAGAAGUGGUUGUACGUGCAGGAGACCUGCCCUCUGUGCCACAACCAGCUGAAAGGCUCAUCACAACCCGGCUCUUCAACACAAGGCCCGCCACAAGAUCCCCCAAUACAGCCAGCAGCUGAUCCAGGCCCUUCACAGCAUCCGGAGUCAGACUCAACCCUCCAGGAUCCCCAGCAAGACGACACCGCUCUCUCUUCAGCGUCAGACCUCACGGCUCAGCAAAAAGAUAACUGUGACACUCCUGCCUGCUUCUCCUCCCAAACCUAAAACCUGCCUUGAGCCAAACCCACCUCCGCUCACCGCUGGCCAAAAGACAGUGUCACAGCAGAGGGUCUGAUGGGAAACUUUGGGCCCUCUCUGUGACGGAUACGUACAUACGGAGACGUCUAUACAAUCCAAAUCCUUCUACCUUCCCCUCUCAUCCAGUAAAUCACAGAAUCCAAAGCUCAGAAAGCUUAUCUGAGGCGGAAAGAAUCAUUUCACCCCUUUCACAUCUGGAUCUACCAAAACACCAGCUUUUCCCCACCCUUUAUUACGAAACUACAAUCUCCAGCGAAAACCAACCUGAAUGUGAUCAUGUGACCCUUCAAUAUAGUGCUGUGAUGCUCUGUAGGCACUUAGCACAUAUCCACUAGCACGCUCUCACUAUCCAAUAGCAGUAGCCCGUCUUUUUUCUGUUCUCUAUUUGUUUUCUUGAGAGAAUAUAUAUAUAUAUGUGUGUAUAUAUAUAUAUAUAUAUAUAUAUAUAUAUAUAUAUAUAUAUAUAUAUAUAUAUAUAUAUAUAUAUAUAUAUAUAUAUGCCACUGCAUUUGCACUAAUGUAACAUAAAGCAAUGCUCCAAAGUUUGUCUUGUCUGAUACCAAAUAUUUUGGUGUGUAUGCAUUGAAUCAAGUUAUAUAUGAAAUAUAUACCCAUGUACAAAUAUAUAUGUAAAGGAGUUUUGAUAUGCACAGAUAAGUACAGUGUUAAGCAGCUUCGAGUGUCAUGAAGCGGCCUCAGGCUCAUGUGAACGCUGCGCCUCGAGCGACCUCUAGUGGCGGCAGUGGGAAGCGCCUUUGGCUGUGGAUAAACACUAAAACCGUUUAGGAGAGUCAAUUUCAUUCUCAUCAGUAUUUGGCGUUUAGCGCAUUUGUGGAUAUGAAUACAUUCGAGAAUGUAUGAGCACACUUUGCGAAUGCCGUUUUUUUUUUUCUUUUUAAUAAGUGUCUAAGUUAAUAUAUUUCACACAGUUUGUUAAACGAAUGCCAUUUGGCUGGGGGGAGUUUUAAUCUCCAAAAAGAACGUGAUUUUCUUCCUAUUAUUAUUAUUAUUAUUAUUAUUAUUAUUAUUUGAAAAAACGCUGUUACAGCUAUUUUCCAUUUAAAAGCAAAUCUGAAUGAGAAUGGAUAGUAUAAUUCCAUAGCAUUCUGAAUUUACCCUUCUUUUUUUUUUUUUUUUUUUUUUUUUUUUUUUUUUUUUAUAAAGCAUAAACGUGGAAUGAUGUUCUGUGAAGGCUAACUUUGUUUGAAUUGCAGCUGAAUUCAGUAAAAUAUGCCUGAAGUCUGAACGUGAACCUGAAUGUCAGAAUAAAUCCAAACCUAAAGUAUGAAA